AUGAGACGUCGGUGGCAACUUUCGAGGCCGUUUCCAGACAGCAGCUUGGGAAAACAGGUGGCGCAGCUGAGCAGAGAAUGCAGGUGGCAAGUACUAUUGGCCGGCAGCGCAGCUUGGCUGGACGGCACGACUUUGUCCAGUGUAGAGCUGUGUACGAGUGCAUCUGCUCAGGCGCUGGCUCUGGUUGCUGCACGGAGUGGCCUAGCUGCGGCGCCACCUCUUCAGGAGCUGCUGAAGCCUCCAGCUCCGAAGAACGAGCUGGCGCCGGUCUAUCCGGGCAGCGUCACUGUUCCAAAGGAGGCUCCGAUUUCCCGAGUGGUCGAACCGUACAACGCCAGAGACAGGGUGACGAAACACCAGCGUGUAUGGUGGGGCCCUGGCUAUGGCAAGCAUCCUUAUCUAGUGAAGAAGUGGUCCACUGUAGAGAAGCUCAUGAAGCGUCGACCUCCUAUGGCCAUCCCUGGAAAGGUCGCUCGGCCCACUAAAAGGGAGCAGCUUCUGCGACGUCAGCUGAUCAAUGGCACGAUGCCAAGCGAAGCCGACUUCAAUCGAAUCAUCCAGGUCUUCGCACAGCGAGCACGCCAGGAGGUUCGGUACCCUCUGUUGAUCCAGCGCCACCACUUUGCCAAGCGGGCAAAGGGAUGGGCCUGGGAAAUGCUGCUGAAUGACAUGCAGCCCAGCAGACAGACCUACAAGUUGAUGAUGCUCGCAUUUGGAGCAACGGGCCAUCAUGCAGCUGCACGAUGGUGGAUUGACUGGAGAAAGACGGAUUCCGAGAGCGACGAGGUGGACAGUCGUUGGGAGACAAAUUCUUUGAUCUCCGCCUACGCGAAGGUCGGCAGGCCACUAGAGGCCGCCCGGCACCUGCGCGAGAUGAGCCGGAGCGGCCUUCGGCCGGAUGCACGCAGUUUUGCAGGUGUUAUUGAAGCAUGGGAGCACAUCGGGAAUAGGUACCAGAUGUUGCGGUGGCUGAAGUUGUAUCUCAGGGCAGAAGCCAGAGGUAUUCUGGGAGAGCUCCUAGAUCCUCGCGAUGCAGGGCUUCCCUACUAUGCCCUGGCGGAGUCUUACGUGAAGGUGGCAGAUGCCGUCCGUACAAUGAGCCUCUUGAAGGCCGUGAAGGAUCGCGGCAUACCGCUUAGCAUCCAGGCUUACCGCCUUCGACUAGACGUGCUGCUGCGCGUGCGCGGCCAGCGUCGAGCGGUGGACCAGAUCGAGCGGGCUCUUGUUGAGUUCAUCAGCAACCGCCCCUCGAAGGGGCCGAUCUUCACGAAGGAGCUGCUUCAAAGAUGUCGCGACGUUCUUGGCGAAGAGCAUGUCGAGGCGGUGUUUAGUGAACUUGGUGCAGGAGAUGAUCUCGUGCAGCAGGACAAUCUUCAAGCAGAUGCCUAUGAAAAAUGGCAAACCGCACAGCUGAACGUGGCGAUAAGCCGGGCCGUCAAACACAAGCGAAUUGUUGCUGGCACUUCGCUUCUUCUGGACAAGGAGGAAGAUGAUGAUGCCUUUACGGAAAAGCAGGACGCUCGUGAACCCUACAAGGUGGGGGACAUUGACCAGGGCUUCCGAGUCCUGAAGCGCGAAGCAAGCGAGAAGGGCUUGCCGGAUUGGAUGUCGUUGAAGAAGCCCAUUCGAUACGGCACAGCCAGGUGA